AUGGGGCAGGUUCAGGAGACAGAAGGGGAAAGGGACCCCCGGGUGUCUGACCCUCUGCCUCUCGGAGCGCCUCCCACGUCCUCCCGGCUCCCUGAGGUUCUGAGCCAGGCUCAUGGGGCGAAGCUGAGAUGGAGGAGGGAGGAGGCGCAGCCGCGUCCUGGGCCGGCCACUCCCUUCUCGCCCCCUCUUUGCAGGCAGCGCUGUUUCUCGGGGCCCUGCAUGGCCAUCUGGGUCCCAUCCGGGAGUCUAGCUCUGAUCAGGGCCGGACAGCUCGGGGGGGACCCGCUUCCUCUCAGCUGGCCCCAGAAGCAACUCACCGUCUUUGUGAAGAAGGAGGAAGGGAAGGAGUGA